AUGGAUCUGACUCAAAGAUUGAUCAUCACACAGCCUUUGUAUUUCCAGGAAUCAUCCCAAAAAUGUGGAUACUGUAAAGGUGAAAAACCAAGCCAAGGCGAUUAUUUUGCAUUGGAUUCCUGGUACCGUCCUGGUAAGGAAUCCACUCAUACAAAUAGUACUAUAGGGUUUCAAUGUGAAAAUAUCACGAUUGAAACGUACGAAAGAUUGUGUAACCUUGGAUUUAGAAGAUCUGGUUGUUUUCUCUACAAAUUUGAUAUGCUAAGGAAUUGCUGUAGAUUAUUUACCAUAAGAACUACACCAGAAGAGGUCAAAUUGACAAAAGAAUUGAAAACUUGCGUGAAACAUUUUAAAAAAUUUAUAAACGUACCACCAUCAGAAAAGAUUAGCAAAAAUCAACCUUUCGAUUACAUCAAUGAACUUCGCAGUUUGGAUUCUGCCGAUUUCCAUACUGUAUACGAACCUUCCGUUUUUACAACUGAAAAAUAUGAUCUGUACGUUAAAUAUCAGGAACAGGUUCACAACGAUUACAAACAUUCAACAAGAUCUUUUAAACGAUUUCUUUGUGAUUCACCAUUUCCCGAAUAUACUAGAAAUGGUACCAAGGAAGAAUGGUCACAGUUGAAUGACCCAGAAUAUAAGGGUAAUUUUGACAGAUUGGGCCCCACCCAUGAAUGUUACUAUUACGAGGGAAAACUAAUUGCACUGGCCAUAUUAGAUUUCUUACCCAGUGGCGUAUCUUCUGUUUACUUCAUCUAUGAUCCAGAAUUCAAGAAAUUAUCCCUAGGUAAAUUAAGUGCUUUGAAAGAGUUGACUCUUGUCCACAAACUGAGUAGGCCGUUUUAUUACCUCGGAUAUUACAUUGACGAUUGUCCAAAGAUGAAUUACAAAUCUCAAUAUGGUGGAGAACUUUUGGACGUCUGCAAUUUAAACUAUGUUUCCUUAGAGUUUCUAAAAUCAAAUAAUAUGAUCUCAAACGGUAGACUUUUCAUAUUGGGUGAAGAAAAUAGCAUCAGCGAUGAAUUGUUCAUGGAUGAUAAUUUGGAAAGAACUGAAUUCCCCACUGUGGAAAAUGCGACCUCACUAUCCAACGUAGCAGAACAUAUAUAUGGCUCAAAUGGCGUUGCAUUCCAUAGCAAGGAGAAAUAUUUAAGCAAACUUGUUGAAAUGGGCAUACCCCUGGAGAUGGAGGAACCAAAGAAUGUCUUCUUCCAGAGACAUUCUACCGAUAAGAAAUCCAUGUCAGAUUUGAACAAUCUUCCAAGUGUCGUACCUGGCCUACUACCAAUUAAUGAAUUAUAUGACAUUAUAACGUCCAGGAAGAUUAAUGAAUUGAAUGGUGCCAUGAUGAUAUACGACACUUUGCUGCACAGAAUUAGAUUUAUGUUCGAUUUUGAAGUAGAACAUCCUUCUAACAAAUUGGUCAUAUUCAAUACGAUAAGACUUUUGGGACUGGACAUUUGUAAAUCUGCCCUCCUCAUUAUAUAA